AUGGCUUCUAAACCAGACACUGGCGGCCGUUCUAGGUUUGCUAAACUCGGAAUGACAAUAAACGAAGAACUGACCCAGGCCUGUAGAGAUGUCUUAGAAAGGGAGGUACCCCCUGGUCUUGUGUACAACAAAGCGAAAGCAUCAUCAAUUUACAAAAACAUACGCCCCGAGCAAGAACUUCGUCUUAUAGGCGCCAAAAGAGAUGGUUAUAAAGAAUUUGACAUAACAUUGUUAUAUACACUGAUAAGAAAUAUAUGUCCAAAAAUUCCACGGCCAACUAAAGGUUGGGAUGGUAACACGAUGCCGUCUCUAGGAGAAAUAACGAUUGGCGAUGACGUUGAGAGGUUUGAUAACACGUGGUCAAUCAUAACUGAUAUCUGCCAAAGACUGCAAACGUACACAAACAAAGACUAUAUGUCUGGUCUGAGUAAUAUUCAAAGUCAGGUCCUAGAAGAGGAGUACGAAACAACAGUUAUAGAAAAACUUAGGGAAGAUUAUAAGAAUAACCAAACUCUAAUGGAAAAGAUUUCUUCUGUGGAACAGGAUUUGGUAGAAUUGAAAAGAAUAUCCGAAGACAAAGAAAACACACUGAUAAAAGAGAUUCUUGACAAUUGGCGAGAAGACGAUAUUGCCUUCAUUCCUACAAGAGCAAGUGAAGUGGUUCAAGAAAAGCUUAAAAGUCUUAAUCUUAUCACAGUGGUUGGAAAUUCUGGAUCCGGGAAAUCUACAAUAAUUCAGCAUAUUGCACUUAUUCUCAAAGAACAGGGAUGGAAUGUCAUGCCGGUGGAUAAGGUAGAAGAAAUUAAAAAGAUCUGUUCAACUGGAGUCUCAGAAAAUCGCAUAUUAUUUGUAUUCAAUGAUCCUUUAGGUAAGGAAUCGUUAGAUGAAAUUUUAUAUCAUUCAUGGAAAUGUUUAGAGAAAACGCUGGAAAUUUGCUUGAAGAAGAAUAAAUUAUUGAUAUCAUGUAGAAGAUGUGUCUUUUAUGACAAGAGAGUUAAGGGUAACUUAUUGGACGAAUCCACUGCAGUAGAAAUUGAUAGCGAAGAACAUGGACUGACUGUUAAAGAGAAAAGAGCGAUUUUUAAUCAGUAUUCACAGAAUCUUCAUUUAUCCGAGGAGGUUUUUACUGAAAUAAUCAAAACAGAAGCUUACUUCCCAUUGCUUUGUAAGCUUUAUUCAAGGGAAGAGAACUACAAAGAAAAGGGGGUUGAUUUCUUUAAAAAUCCGCACAGGUUUAUUAAAAAGGAAAUUGAAAUUUGGAAGAAAAUAGACAAGAAAAGAUUUUGCUCACUUAUCUUAAAAGUAGCUUUCAAAAACAAUUUGAAAAUCGAUACUAUUGUAAAAAAUGAUAUUUCUUUGAUAAAAUUCAAAGAAAUUUUAGGAAUGUGUGAGUUACAAGAAAACACAAAUAUUUCAGUCAUUCGAAGUACUCUACAUGAACUGAAAGGAUCUUAUGUCAAACGUGUCGGAAAUGCUUUCCAGUUCCUUCACGACUUUAUUAUGGAGAUAACGACUCUGGUGUUUGGUGUUGAUUGUCCACAAGAGACAAUACAGUACGCAGACAGUGGUUUUCUGAGACGUCGAGUGAGGAUAGAAGACGAUACAGAAGAGGAAGACCGCGAUCCCUUCAAUGUUUACCUUCCUGAAGAGUAUAUUGAUGAUCUUGUGGACAGGUUUAUCAUUGACAUGCAAACAGAACAUAUUGUAGAUGUUCUACUCAAUCCAUGUUUAAGGAAAGAGAGCGUCAUCAACUCUUUUAAGGAAAAAGUGGAUUCGUGCGAAAAGCUUGUAAAAAUUAAAUGUGAAUUAGAUAGAUCGGAAUUUCAAAAAUUAUUUGAAAGAUCUUUUUUCACAAGAUUUGAUUUCCUUUAUUCAUUUAAAAGUGAAAUAUGCCCUUUGGUCGGAUUUAUUGUAUUUUGUCAUUCUGACAUUUCUCUAUUUUUCAUAAAAAGUAUACCAGAAACAAAGUUGAAAGAACAUCCUAUAUUCUCUGCUAUAUGUGUGAAUGGUGAUUUAAACCUAUUAAAUUACCUCAGUGAAGAUUACAAAAGAACCGCAAUGAAAGAAAUAUGGGAUGACUCUUUGCCUAUUCAUGUUGCUUCUGUUUUUCAUAAUUUUUCAAUAAUUGAAGAAUUAGUAAGACUUGGUGCUGACAUAAACACGUUUACAACUGAUGACAGGUGGACUCCAUUAUUAUUAGCUGUUGCAAAUGACGAGGAUCAUUUCAAAGAGGCGGGAAUGGAUAUAAAGACCGGAGAAAGACGCAAUAAAACCAUUAUUUGUUUAUUGGGCUACGGUGCCGACAUCAAUUUAUGUGAUAGUGAUGGAGUCAGUCCUCUUUAUAUAGCUUGUCAAAAUGGACAUGAUAGCACGACACAACUGUUACUUAACAACGGAGCCGACAUCAAUUUAUGUGAUAAAGAUGGAUUCUGUCCUCUUUACGUAGCUUGUGAAAAUGGACAUGAUAACACGGUACAACUGUUUCUGAACAACGGUGCAGACAUCAAUUUAUGUGAUAAAGAUGGAUUCAGUCCUCUUUAUGUAGCUAGUCAAAAUGGACAUGAUAGCACGGUACAACUCUUACUGAAAAACGGUGCAGACAUCAAUUUAUCUUGUCAAAAUAGACAUGAUAGCACUGUUCAACUGUUACUGAACAACGGUGCUGACAUCAAUUUGAGUACCAACAAUAGAGCCAGCCCUCUUCAUCUAGCUUGUCAAAAUGGACAUGAUAGUACGGUACAACUCUUAUUGAACAAGGGUGCAGGCAUCAAUUUGUGUAACAAGAAUGGAACCAGUCCUCUUUAUGUAGCUUGUCAAAAUGGAUAUGAUAGCACAGCACAACUGUUAAUGAACAAGGGUGCAGACAUCAAUUUAUGUGAUAGUGAUGGAUGCAGUCCUCUUUAUGUAGCUAGUCAAAAUGGACAUGAUAACACGGUACAACUUUUACUGAACCACGGUGUUGACAUCAAUUUAUGUGAUAAAGAAGGAAACAGUUCUCUUUGGAUAGCUUGUGAAAACUCAAAUUGCAGAACCAUUGAACGUCUAUUGAAUUCAGGUGCUGAUGUAAAUUUAUGCAAUAAAGGCAACCGCAGUCCGCUGUUCCUAUCAUGUUUCAAUGGUCAUGACAGCAUGGUUAAACUUUUAUUGAACAACGGUGCCGACAUCAAUUUAUGUGACAACGAGGGAACCAGUCCACUCUACAUAGCCUGUGAAAACGGACAUUACAGCACGGUCCAAUUAUUAUUAAUAAGAAAUGAUACUUGUGUUAAUUUAUGCAAUAAAGACAAUAAGAGUCCAUUGUACAUAGCAUUCCUAUGUGGUCAUGACAGGAUCGCUGAACUUUUACUACAAUAUGGUGCAGACUUUUUAUUCUGACGAUGGAUUCAGUGGUUUCUCAAUACCAAGUGCGUUCACAUUAUUUCUGAGAUAUGGAGCAAAAGUCAAUCUGAGCUUUGAUUAUAAAUUGCAAAAAUGAGCAGGAUACUAUCAUGAAGAAUUUAAAGCUUUUUUCAAAAAAAGAAAUACAUAAGAGGAAGAAAGCACAUGCUGUAUCCUUCAUUUCAACAUUCAGAUAUAUCGACGACGUAUUAUCAAUUACAAGUAUCAAUAUUUAUUUUCAUUUAUAUGUCGACUUGUUAUUUCCUAGUGAAUUUGAAAUCGAAGACACCACAAAAUCUGUUACUUCUGUUUCAUGUUCGAAUGUUCGGAAAUUAUAUUAUAUUUUUCAAUUGCAUAGUUAGCAAAUAUAACCUUUCAUGAAUGGGUUUAAUUUAACAGACAUGUUUAUACCAAGUGAUGGUCUGUUUUGUACUUAAUUUGACAAAAGACUGUUGCCUCUGUCCAUUGAAAAAAAAUAUGACAAGUAUGAUCGAUCAAAAGGGUAUGUUUUCUCAUUUUGGGCACCUGAGUCUACUCCUGUAGUGCUUGAAAUUCGGGUUUGAUGUUUGGUUUUCAGAUGUUUAUUGCUUUUAAAAAUUUGUGUGGAUUGUUUGUUUUCUUUUAAAUUUAGUAAUUACUGCCGUACUGUU